AUGUCAUUGUUCAUUACACAAUCUCAUAUAUCCAGUUGCGAAGAAGGUGAAGAUUGUUGGAGCUCCGAUCGGCAUGGUGGAAAGAUUAUGCGAUACACUGUGACUGGCUUGUGGCACAAAGAGCCCCUUCUAGUGUUAUCCCCGUUUGAUGGCCAAGUUGCGGGAAUGCAAUGCCAAAGUAAUCUGAUCAGGUUGGGUUGGAGGAUUUUGAACGCUCGUGUUGUCGGUUCAGACCCCUUUUUGGGCGUCUACUUUGGAGAUGAUGGAAAUGGAGUUUCUAAACGCGCAACAGUUUUCCGGGUCUCUAAUUAUGUCUUUCUCAUUUUGAGUACAAUGCUAGGGUUGGGCCUCAACUCCCCUGUAGGCUUCGGCUUUGCACUUAGAUUGGCCUAA